AUGAAAAUUAUUACCAUUCUUGGUCUUUUAAAUAUCUUCCCUUCAAGACCAUCACAAACUCGUUUUAUGGAAGAGUGGGUACAACCGCCUGCUGGACAGCUGGACUGUAUCUCGGUUGUCUAUUAUAGGCUAGAGACGACCAGCAACUAG